UUACACACCCGCUCUCUCGCACUUCCGCCACACUCUCCGUCCAAUCCAAUAAUAACUAAGCAGUGACACUCUGAGGAGGAGGAGAAGAAGAAGAAGCAAGGAGCCAUGGCGCUAGCUACCAUUCCCUCUGGCCUUGUCAUCACCCCCAAGCUAUCCACCACCACGACUGUCUCCCCAAGGCUUCCUUGCAUCUCCCCCAAGUUCAGAGCCACAUGCUCAGCUAACUCCAGCAACGGCAGCAGCGCCACCAACAACUUCGCCGCACUCGCUCUCGCCCUCGCAGUCGCCGCCUCCCCACUGGCCGCUCCCUCCGACGCCCACGCCGACAUCGCCGGCCUCACUCCCUGCAAGGAGUCCAAGGCCUUCGCCAAGCGCGAGAAGCAGUCGAUCAAGAAGCUGGAGAGCAGCCUCAAGCUCUACGCCCCUGACUCCGCCCCCGCCCUCGCCCUUCAGGCCUCCAUCGAGAAGACGAAGCGCCGUUUCGACAACUACGGCAAGCAGGGGCUGCUCUGCGGCGCCGACGGCCUGCCGCACCUGAUCGUCAGCGGCGACCAGCGCCACUGGGGCGAGUUCAUCACCCCGGGGAUCCUGUUCCUGUACAUUGCCGGUUGGAUCGGGUGGGUUGGCCGGAGCUACUUGAUCGCCAUCAGGGACGAGAAGAAGCCGGCCAUGAAAGAGAUCAUCAUCGACGUGCCUCUGGCCAACAGGCUCCUCUGGAGAGGGUUCAUAUGGCCUGUUGCUGCCCUCAGGGAGUUGGUGAAUGGGGAGUUGGUGGUCGAUGAUGCAGACGUGGGUGUGGGGGCUUAGGCACACACACACUCUCUCUCUCUCUCUCUCUUCCUCUCUCUGUAGCUGGGUCUUGUUGGUGGAUUCUCAUGGGAUUACCCGUUGCAGUCACUAAAACGAAGGAGAGGGCUUGGCUUUGUCGUUAAAAUGAGGGGACAGAGUUUAUUGUACUUAAUAUUUGACACCAUGAAAUGCGAAUGUGUUUCUUCCUUGGAACAUAACAUUCUAUGUACUUUACUUCCGGUCUGGUUUGCUUUUCUAGUAGCUUGAUUUUUCUAUCCAA